AUGUCAAAGGAAUUUCAUGUCACUUUCCUUGAGGAUAGCUUUGUUUCCAUCCAUGAAAAGACUAUCAGCGAGGGUGCAGGAGCCACACACGACCAUUUUAAGAACGAAGUGGACGAGGUCGGUGAAAAGGCUGCCUUCGACCCAGCAGUCCCUCGUCGGCUGGAACUCUCGGCUCGAGAAUCCAACCUCCUUUCUUCGCUCAAGACCCGUUUAGCCGAAGCACGCUAUCCAGAUCAAAUCGAGUCGGCAGGGUGGAGCUAUGGCAUGGAGUCCAACCUCCUCAAGACGCUCGUCUAUGAGUGGAGGCACAACUAUGAUUGGGCGAAGGAACUGGACCAGCUGAACAGCGAUUACGAGCAUUGGACCUGCAAAGUCAAUGGACUGGACAUCCACUACGUCCGGCACGACCCCUGGGCUGAGGAGGUACAGGAUCCAGUGACGGGCAAACCCCUUCAGGAGCCCUUUGCCGGCAAGAAAAUGGUUAAUGAAAAAGGAGAAAUCAUCAUGCCGCUGCUCUUGAUCCAUGGGUGGCCUGGCACCUGGUACGAAUUCGGAAAGGUUAUCGAGCUGCUAAAGAAGCGAGGACGCUUCCAGAUCAUUGUGCCUUCGCUUCCUGGCUUCGGAUGGAGUCAAGCACCAUCGCAGAAGAAGUUUGGCGUGAGGGCUAUGGCCAAAACCCUCCACGAGCUGAUGCAGCACCUCGGCUACAAGCACUACCUCGCGCAAGGCGGAGACUGGGGCGCCAUCAUCUCCCGCACCAUCGCCACGCUCUACCCCGAGCACUGCCUUGCCAUCCACGUCAACAUGCUGCCCUGUCUGCCGCCGCGACCCUGGACGCGUCCGUUCCAGUUCGCAAAGGCCAUCACCGGCUUCUUGCUGCCCUCGGUUGUCUACAAGAAAAAUUCUCGCGAACGGGCCUCGAUCGAGGGCCUCAAACGCUAUGCAGCCGAGGAAGGCGCGUAUUUCUUCAUCCAGGCCACAAAGCCCCAGACGCUCGGACAUGCCCUGACGGACUCGCCCGUGGGUCUGCUCUCCUGGUUGGGGGAGAAGUACUUGGAUUGGGCAGAUCUAGAUCCUCUUCGUCCUGAGACCUGGCCAUUUUCAAAGACGGAGCUGUUGACGCAGGUCAUGAUCUACCAUUCUACUCAGACAAUUACUUCGUCGACCAGGAUCUACUAUGAGGCGUAUCAUAACCGUGACAUCGACUGGUUGCUUCAGCAACCUGUCCCACCGAACGUGCUUGUUGGUGUGGGUGUCUGGAAUAAGGAGCUCUUCAUGGUCCCCAAAGCAUGGGCCGACGACUGGAUGAACGUCAUCUCGUGGCACGAAUUCCCGAAGGGGGGACACUUUGCUGCGUUCGAGCGACCCGCCGAGUUCGAAAAGGAGAUCACAGAGUUCUUCACACGGGAACAAGUACUCGAUCUUUUCACUGCCAAGCGCUACGGUCUCAAGAUCUAA